AGGAAAAGUAGCAGCUAGCUAGAAAAUCUACAAGAGGAGGAGGGGAGGGGAGGGGAGGGGGCAACAACUCUCUGAUGAUUUCUUGCUUCUCUCAAGGUCGGUCAGCUCUUGGAUUCAACAACCACAUGAAGGGGAGCAAGAGAUCGAUCGAUUAUUAACACGCACAGGCCAGUACAUGUGAGCCGGCAGCUGCUGCUGCAUCAAUUUUACUUCUCCUGGCUUGCUUCAAGAAUAUAAUCGAGCCAGGGAUAUAUCGAUCGGAGCUGGAAGGAAGAAUCGAUCCGCGGAUCGAGUGCCAAGAAUUGAAGGAAACCCUAGCUAGGUAGCUAGCUAGCAAGUACAAGAGAUCGAGAAGCUGGCGAGCAGGUGGUGGGACGAGGGGCGGCUCGGCCUGCCGGAGCCAUCCUCCCUUGGCAAGAACGACAUGACGCCUUCUUCCAAGGACGGCGGUGCCACCGAGCAGCCGACGAGCGGCGGUAGUGGCGACGACCGCGACAACGGCAGCAGCGCUGAGCCCAAGGAAGGCGCCGUGGUGACCGGCAACCGGCGCCCCCGCGGGCGGCCACCGGGGUCUAAGAACAAGCCCAAGCCGCCCAUCUUCGUGACGCGGGACAGCCCCAACGCGCUGCGCAGCCACGUCAUGGAGGUGGCCGGCGGCGCCGACGUGGCCGAGUCCAUCGCCAACUUCUCGCGCCGCAGGCAGCGCGGCGUGUGCGUGCUGAGCGGCGCGGGCACGGUCACCGACGUGGCCCUCCGGCAGCCUGCGGCGCCCGGCGCCGUGGUGGCGCUCCGCGGGCGCUUCGAGAUCCUGUCCCUGACCGGCACCUUCCUGCCCGGCCCGGCGCCGCCCGGCUCCACGGGGCUCACCGUGUACCUCGCCGGCGGGCAGGGGCAGGUCGUGGGCGGCAGCGUGGUCGGCACGCUCACGGCGGCGGGGCCGGUGAUGGUGAUUGCGUCCACGUUCGCCAACGCCACCUACGAGAGGCUGCCGCUGGACGAGGCCGACGAGGAGUCCGUCCAGGCGCAGCAGCCUCCGCCCGGGGCCGGCGGCGGAGGGCCGCCUCUGAUGGUGGGCGGUAUGGCCGCCGAUCCAUCGGCGAUGCCGAUGUUCGCCGGCGUGCCGCCAAACCUGAUGCCGGGGGGCGGCGGCGCCCCCGGAGCGGGCCUGCAGCUCGGGCACGAGGGGCUUGCUGCAUGGGCUCAUCAUCAUGCACGGCCCCCGCCCUACUAGAUAGAUCAAGUUAGGAUCAGAGGAAGCAGGGAUGAUAUGAUCAUCCAUGGCGGCCAUGGUCAACCGAUCGAGUAAGUAGCUAAUGUGAUGAGGAUGAUUACCAUAUCUCGUUCAUCCAUCCCAUACAAAUUAAGCUAAGUGAAGAUCGAAUUAAGCAUGCAUGUCUGGUAGAUCGAUAUCGGAUCGGAGCUAAUAAUAGUAAAAUUAAGGCUAGCUCUUCGAUUGAUUCUACUAAGAAGAAGAAGGUAAAGCAUGUGACUCUAUGUUGUGUGGCUGUGUUCCAAAUGUAUGUCAGCUACUCAGCUCAAGAUAUAACCAAUAAACUAGCUUGUU